CUGCUGCAAGAGAAUGAUCUGAGUGUCUCAGUUGUCUCGUGUGAGAGGUAAACAUCUCCUCUCUCGCUGCACUGGCUGCAGAACAGCAUCUCCAGUGUGUGGAGCGGGAGAAAAUGGAGCCUGAUUGAAUGUGAGAGCAGGCGGAAGAAAGGCAGCAGCGGCAGAGGGAGGGCGUUUGCUCUCAGUGAACACCACAACUCAGCUGCUGCAGUCAGGGCAUCAAUUUUGUAUAGGCGUUGAGUGCAGUGCCAGUGCGCUCGGGGCUGAGGCGUCCCUCUCUCUAGCUGCCUCUUUACUGCUGCCCACAGAGUGAUGGGGGGCGAUACGAGCUGUCUCUAUAGGCAUGUCCGCGUCCGAUUCUAGCGCAGCGCUGCUCAGCUGCAAGAGUUCUGCUGAUUCCUACACGAGUAGACCAUCGGAUUCCGACCUGUCCCUGGAGGAGGACAAGGAGGCGUCUCGGCGUGAGGCCGAGCGCCAGGUCCUGCUCCAGCUCGAGAGAGCCAAGACCAAACCUGUGGCAUUUGCAGUGAGAACCAAUGUCAGCUACUGCGGGGCUCUCGAUGAAGACUGUCCUGUUCAGGGUGCUGCCAUCAACUUUGAAACCAAAGAUUUUCUACAUAUAAAAGAGAAGUAUAAUAAUGACUGGUGGAUCGGGAGGCUGGUGAAGGAAGGGGCAGAUAUUGCCUUCAUCCCCAGCCCUGUUAAACUGGAGGCCAUGCGGAUCAAGCAGGAACAGAAAGCAGCUCAGAGGAAAAUGGGAGGAAAUGCUUCAUCUGGUGGCUGGAGGUCUACUCCCCCUUCUGCAGCCAAACAGAAGCAGAAGCAGACAGAGCACGUUCCACCCUAUGAUGUAGUUCCAUCCAUGAGGCCUGUUGUUCUGGUUGGCCCCUCACUGAAAGGCUAUGAGGUGACUGAUAUGAUGCAGAAAGCCUUGUUUGACUUCCUGAAACACAGGUUUGAUGGGAGGAUUUCUAUCACACGGGUGACUGCAGAUCUGUCUCUGGCCAAGAGGUCUGUGCUGAACAAGAAAGCUAUCAUGGAGAGGUCAAACACACGCUCCAGUCUGGCGGAGGUGCAGAGUGAGAUUGAGAGAAUAUUUGAACUGGCUAAAAGCCUGCAGUUGGUGGUCUUGGAUGCAGAUACUAUCAAUCACCCCGCACAGCUUCUCAAGACCUCCCUCGCCCCCAUCAUUGUCUAUGUCAAAGUGUCCUCUCCAAAGGUUCUUCAAAGACUCAUUAAGUCCAGAGGGAAAUCUCAAAGCAAACAUCUCAACGUGCAAAUGAUGGCAGGAGAUAAACUAGCACAGUGUCAACCAGAAAUGUUUGAUGUUAUACUGGAUGAGAAUCAGUUAGAGGAUGCCUGUGAACACCUGGCUGAAUAUUUAGAUAUAUACUGGCGUGCCACUCACCUGCCAGGCUCCGCCCCCCUGAACCCUCUAGUGGAGCAAAAUGUAGUUACACCACCCUCAGCCAACUCUAGCCAACAGUUCUCAGAGACGCAGGAGCUCAUUGAAUAAGCACUAGCACAAAUAAGGAGUGACACAGAACAUACCAGAAAGACCCCCAGAAUAUUCCUCAAAGGCCAGCCACUCACUGCCCCAGAGUGAGAUGGGGCUCGGAGCAGCUGCCCACUGAUGAGAAAGAGGAGGAACGGAGGGAUGGAGAAUGAGAUGAGGGUCAGUUGAGAAGUGGACCAAUCGCAGCCUCACUGAGAGUGAUAACACACACCCUCCCCUGCACUAACACAUGUGUCCUUUACAUCUCAGGACCACUCAGCUGCAGGCCUCCAGUCAACACACACACACACACACACACACACACACACACACACACACACACACACACACACACACACACACACAAACACACACACACACACACACUGUAUACACACAUUCAACUGGUCUGAAUAUCCCUGCUGAGACCCAUGCUGAGAUCAACAGGGGUUUCCCCCCUCACCCCUUGGUGGUGCCGUCUGUCCACAAGGUUCUGCCAGCCUGACUCUUAUUUCUAAGGCUGGCACUGGCAUCAGAGCAUCCAUACCAUAUCCUCACAAAGAAGAGCACCACAUGCCACUAACAUCCACUCAUACGACUGCUAGUCCGCUCACUCAGUCUCCACCUCCUGCAUCGCUUUUGGUUUGUUUUCAAGGUUUAUUAUAAACAUACCUUUUGCACAAUACACUUAAUUUCAAUUAAUCGUCAAAUAUAAUUUACUCAUAACUAAUAACCCAAAAAGCUUUAUGUAGCACAACCCGCAAAUGACUAAUUCAUAUACUGAAAUCACACUUGGGACUUUUUGUAACUGCAAACGUUUUUAUUUUCUGUUAUGUCCUGUUCCACUUUUCAUUGUAUCCACUGGAAACGUUAGGCUUAUGUAAACCAGGGCAAAUCAACUAAUAACUCGUCAGUAUUUCCAACCACGUUACACUUGCAUCACUCUUUCAGAUUAGUGAAAAGCAGACCACAUGAAUGUUUGUACAUAUUUUGCCUAGAUUUCAGUAUUGCACUAAACAGCCUAACAUAUUAUUUAUUUUUUCCAACAGUGGUUCUCAACUGAGACCUCGCAGGUCUGUUCCGAUUGGACACAGACAGCAGGUGAUAAAACUAUGCUAAAUGCACAGAAUAAAAUGCAACUUAUAUAAUUAUCAUGCAUAGUUAGGAUGACAAGACUUGAUCAGUUUUAAAAGGAAAAUGAAACAUCUAAUCAAACUAUAUUAAAUUUUACCUAUAACUAGGCACAUUAGGUAAAUACUAACAUGGAUACAUUGGAUGACAUGCUCUCAUCCUCAAAAUCAUGAACAAUAUUGCCUAAAACAUAUUUUGUAAUUAUUUGUACUGAAUUAAAACAUGGUUUGUGUCCCAAUGAUUUUGUGAACUAUUAAUUUUGAUUAUUUUAAUUAUUUUAGUUUAUUAUUUAAUUAUAUUUUAAUGUUUGAUUUAAAUAAUAUUUUUAAAUGCUUUUGUGCAAAUAAAUUAUUUUGUUGCUGUGUUGUGUCAUAGUAAAACAUGUUGAGAACCCCUACUCUAUACUAAUGGUUUGGAUUACAGUGACAUCUAGUGGAUUUGUUUGGAAGUACUUUUUCACACAGUAUAACUGUACAUAAUCAUACCAUUAAUUUAACAAAAACGGUAAGAUGUGUAACGGUAUGAGGAUGUAUUGCUUCAGAACCACUGUUUUAUAACAUCCUUUUUCCUUGCAUUUUGAGAAUCUCAAAACACUAAUAAAAAUUCCUGAUAGUUUUUUAUUUUUACCAUCAAAACUUGUUUGCAUGAUAAAUGAUGAUCUUGCUUAAAUAUCUGCUGCUGUGAUUGUUGAGUUUUGCUUGCUGCUGUUCUUCCAUGCAAUAACAAGAUAAUUUACAAAUAUCAUCACAUAUAACAGAAUGACUUAUGUCUUAUUGCAAGACAAUCUCUUAACUAAAUGAUCACUAAUUUUACUUUUUGCAUACAUGCACAUGCAGUCCCAUUGUACAUUCAAGCUAAUCAUGACUAUGCAUGACAAACAAUCAGGCAUUUGUAGAAAUACACAGCACUGUAAACUGAAUAUGGAGAUGCAUUGGACGUAGAAACAUAUAAACCACAAAGAUCUGCUUUAGUAUAUACAGAUUGCACAUUAAAAUUCAUUGCCAUUCUUUUGUUCAUUUAAGGUGUACAUAUAUAAUAUUAAUGGCAUAUAUUGAAAAAAAAACAAGUUAUUUGGGACCAUGUUGAAUCUUCUAUCAAUUUUUAAAUCACUGCAUAUUGAAAGCAACAAGCAAGAGACACAGACUUUAAAGCACAAUGAGCGCUUCCCAAUUGAAAAUAUGCUUGAUAUCUUUCCAAGUGAUUUGUACAUAGUCAAGUACUAUGUCUUUGGGUCUCCAAAGUAUAUUUUCAAGGCUAAUUGUUUAUUUUAUUAGAUAUUUAUAUUGUUGUUCUAUAUCACAAUAUACUGUACUAUAUGCAACACUGGAGGAAGGAGGAAGAAAAUGUCUUGGACUGAUAAAGGUCUAUCACUAAAUAAAGGGAAAUCAAUAUGAUUGCACUAUUUUGGUCUUGUGUUUGAGGUUUUCCUUUGGUUUACAAUGCAAUAAAUGCACUAUGUAAGCGUGUAAACCCUCUUCCAGUAGUUAACUUAUCAUAUUGUACUAAUGUGACAACACUGACCCAGCACCAAGUUCGAAAAAAUAAAGAAAAAACAAUUAGGAAACGUGUGCUACCUGAUGCUGAGUUUUGUGCUCUGGGUAAGGAAAAAUCAUUUAAAAGAAAGGAAAAAAGAAAAAGAAUGGUCUCUUCAUGGUUUCUGUCACUUUUGCAUGUGUUAUU